ACUCAAAGCAUAUUACAAAAUCCUUAACCUCAAAUACUAAAAGCACACCCCUCUCACACGCAAAUCAACAAACACCUGCUGUGCAUGGAACACCCUACCUACUGAUGAUUAACUGAAACAUUGGUGAAUAAAUGAAACAUAAAAACAACACAUUUACCGAUGCUACGGGCACAGAAUCAGGCAUAGGAAUAACUACAAACUUUUAUCCCUAAAAUCCCUCCCGGUAAUGAAAGCUGAACUAGAACAAACGGGAACUCAACAGCUUUCACUCAAAUUAGUAGGGGCCGCGCGAACGCUGGCCCCCGCUACCACAAAUUAUGACGUAGGCUCUCCCUCUUGGGGAGACCUUAGGCUGGUGCACCUCCCAAGUGCAAUGGAAGCCACCAACCUAGGCCAUGACUCUCAUUGAUCGGCCAUUGACCCCGUCCAGCGCCACACGUGUUGUUUUCAUCACACGUGUGGUAUCACUCCUCCCUCCCACGCCAGAUCAGAUCUGCCAGGCUUCUUCUGCAGAGAAUCGAGCUCUUCUCGAUCUCCAUGCCUGCUUUAGAAACCAGAGAGAGCUCGAAGCGAUGGCUUUAAUGGCUGUUCUAGAAUCCGAUCUCCGUGCUCUCUCUGCCGAAGCUCGCCGGCGUUACCCCGCCGUCAAGGACGCCGCGGAGCACGCUAUCUUAAAGCUCCGUAUGUUAUCAAGUCCAAGUGACAUUUCACAAAAUGAGGACAUUGUGCGGAUAUUUUUAAUGGCCUGCGAGGUCAAAACUGUAAAGCUUAGUGUAAUUGGGCUUUCAUGUCUGCAAAAGCUUAUAUCUCAUGAUGCAGUUGCCCCAUCAAUUCUAAACGAGAUACUACCUACGUUAAAAGAUCAUGCUGAAAUGGCAGAUGAGAGUGUUCAAUUAAAGACCUUGCAGACUAUAUUAAUAAUAUUUCAAUCACGCCUACAUCCUGAAAAUGAGGAGAAUAUGGCUCAGGCUCUUGGGAUUUGUCUUCGACUUCUUGAAAGCAAUCGAUCUUCUGACAGUGUUCGGAAUACUGCUGCAGCUACCUUUAGACAGGCAGUAGCUUUGAUAUUUGAUCAUGUUGUUCAUGCUGAGUCGCUUCCAGUGGGAAAGUUUGGUUCUGUAGGUUAUGCCUCUCGAGCAAGUUCAGUUACUGGUGAUGUUAGUCGCAGUAUGAAUAAUUCAGAGUCCAUGGAGAAUGAAUUUGCUUCUGGACAGCGGGCAACCACAACCAAUGCUGGAAAGCUAGGGCUUCGUCUGCUUGAAGACCUGACAGCUAUUGCUGCAGGUGGAUGUGCAACUUGGUUACGUGUCAACCAUCUUCAGCGGACAUUUGCACUUGAUAUACUUGAGUUCAUUCUGGCCAAUUAUGUUACUAUUUUCAAGAUUUUGGUUCCGUAUGAGCAGGCUUUACGGCAUCAAAUAUGCUCACUUUUAAUGACUUCACUGCGUACCAAUACUGAGAUUGAAGGAGAAGUAGGAGAGCCAUACUUCCGUCGCUUGGUCUUGCGAUCAGUUGCUGAUAUUAUCAGGCUCUAUAGUUCAUCCCUUAUCACAGAAUCUGAGGUUUUCCUUAGUAUGUUAAUCAAGGUUACUUUCCUUGAUCUGCCAUUAUGGCAUCGUAUCCUUGUUCUUGAGAUUUUAAGGGGUUUUUGUGUGGAGGCACGGACAUUGCGCAUCCUUUUCCAAAACUUUGAUAUGCAUCCCAAGAACACAAACAUUGUGGAGGGUAUGGUUAAAGCUCUUGCUCGAGUUGUUUCAAGUGUACAGUUUUUAGAGACAAGUGAGGAGAGCCUGGCAGCGGUUGCAGGGAUGUUUAGCAGCAAAGCUAAAGGAAUUGAGUGGAGCCUUGAUAAUGAUGCAUCAAAUGCUGCUGUACUAGUUGCUAGUGAAGCCCAUGCAAUAACUUUGGCCAUUGAAGGUUUACUGGGUGUUGUUUUUACUGUAGCCACUUUGACUGAUGAAGCAGUGGAUGCUGGGGAGCUUGAAUCUCCUAGAUGUGAUUAUGAUCCUUCAUCAAAAUGUACUGGAAAAAUUGCAUUUCUCUGCAUUUCAAUGGUUGAUUCAUUGUGGUUGACCAUUCUUGAUGCUUUGUCACUCAUUUUAGCAAGGUCACAAGGAGAGGCUAUUGUGUUGGAAAUAUUAAAAGGAUAUCAAGCGUUCACUCAGGCAUGUGGGGUUCUUCAUGCUGUAGAACCUUUAAACUCCUUUCUGGCAUCUCUUUGCAAAUUUACAAUCAGUUUUCCUAACGAAGUGGAAAAAAGAAGUGGCAUGUCACCGUCUCCUGGACCAAAACGUUCUGACAUAUUAGUUGAGCAGAGAGAUAGCAUUGUUCUUACUCCCAAAAAUGUACAGGCAUUAAGGACUCUCUUCAAUAUUGCUCAUCGACUACAUAAUGUGUUGGGCCCAUCCUGGGUUUUGGUAUUGGAAACAUUAGCUGCUUUAGACCGAGCAAUCCAUUCUCCACAUGCCACCACUCAGGAGGUCUCCACACCUGUUCCAAAGCUUACUAGAGAAUCUUCUGGCCAGUACAGUGAUUUUCAUAUUCUCUCCUCUUUAAAUUCUCAGCUGUUUGAGAGCUCAGCACUGAUGCACAUAUCUGCUGUUAAAUCACUUAUUUCUGCACUAUGUCAAUUGUCGGACCAAUGCAUGACUGGGACUUCAAGUGGCUUUGGACCAGCAACAAACCAGAAAAUUGGAAGCAUCAGUUUUUCGGUGGAAAGAAUGAUAUCGAUCCUCAUUAACAAUCUUCACAGAGUACAGCCAUUGUGGGAUCAAGUUGUCAACCAUUUUCUGGAGCUUGCCAACAAUUCUAAUCAACAUUUAAGAAAUAUGGCACUUGACGCAUUAGACAAGUCAAUAUGUGCUGUUUUAAGUUCAGAACAGUUUGAAGCUCAUCCACCUUCUGGAUCCUCCAACAAUUCCCAGGAUGUUGAAGCUAAGGAAACAGAAUUGAGAUCACUUGAGUGUGCUGUCAUAUCUCCGUUGAGGGUUCUAUAUUUUUCUACCCAAAGCAGUGAUGUGCGUGCCGGAUCAUUGAAAAUUCUUCUGCAUGUUUUAGAGAGAUGUGGAGAAAAAUUGCGGUACAGUUGGCCUAGCAUACUUGAAAUGUUAAGGUCUGUUGCAGAUGCCUCAGAGAAGGAUCUAAUUACACUUGGGUUUCAGAGUCUACGUGUUGUUAUGAAUGAUGGGCUUUCAACCCUUCCUGCAGACUGCCUCAAUGUAUGUGUUGACGUUACUGGAGCAUAUGGUGCACAAAAGACUGAGCUGAAUAUAAGCUUGACUGCAAUAGGCCUGUUAUGGACCACUACUGAUUUUAUUGCCAAAGGGUUGCUACAUGGGCCUGCAGGAAUUCUUGAUGUGCAUUCUGUUCAAAAUAACAUGGAUGGUGAAAACACAGAAGAGCAGACAAAUGACUUGUCUAAUAAGAUGAAUAGGCCAUCUCCCUCUAUAAAUACAGUGGAUCAUGAGAAGCUGCUUUUCUCUGUUUUCUCAUUGCUUCAAGAACUUGGCGCUGAUGAAAGGCCAGAGGUCAGGAAUUCAGCAGUCAGGACUCUCUUCCAAAUUCUUGGAAGUCAUGGACAAAAACUUUCAAAGAGGAUGUGGGAGGACUGUCUUUGGAAUUACGUAUUUCCUACAUUAGAUCGUGCAUCACACAAGGCUGCUACUUCAUCAAAGGAUGAGUGGCAAGGGACAGAACUAGGAACUCGAGGUGGAAAAGCAGUGCACAUGCUCAUUCAUCACAGUCGUAACACAGCUCAAAAGCAAUGGGAUGAGACCCUUGUAUUGGUCCUUGGCGGAAUAUCACGUCUUUUACGCUCAUUCUUUCCUUACCUACGAAGCUUAAAUAAUUUCUGGUCAGGAUGGGAAUCGUUGCUUCUUUUUGUGAAAAAUAGCAUUUUGAAUGGUAGUAAAGAAGUUGCCCUUGCUGCAACCAGUUGUUUACAGACAGCAGUCCUUUCGCAUUGCACUAAGGGAAACUUGCCAAUGCCUUACCUGAAAUCAGUGCUUGAUGCAUAUGAAGAUGUUCUUCAAAAGUCAUUAAACUAUAGUGACAAUGCAGCAAUAAAGGUGAAGCAGGAGAUUUUUCAUGGUCUUGGAGAACUAUAUGCACAAGCACAAAGGAUGUUUGAUGAUCACAUGUACAUGCAGUUACUAGCAAUCAUUGAUUUGAAUAUCAAGCAGACUCUUAUAACUAAUGAUAAUUUUGAAAACGAAUCUGGACAGGUGCCACAUGUACUACGUACCAUACUGGAUAUAUUGCCACUGUUGGGUCCAUCUGAGCACCUUUCUUCAAUGUGGCUCAUACUCCUUCGGCAACUGCUGCAAUAUCUUCCAGGACCAGAUUCUCCUUCACAGAAUGAGGAAGAGGAGGCACGACAAGCCAGCGCUACUGACCAUAACCCAGAUAUUCAUGCGAAGCUGAAGCAUGAGAAACUUAAUGGUAGUGCAACAGCAUCCCUUAAAAGGGAUGGAGUGCCUUCUCCAACUUCUGGAGCCAACAACGCUACAUCUGUUGGUGUCUCAAAUUAUUUGCUUGCAGAAAAGCUUGUUCCUAUUCUGGUAGAUUUGUUGCAACAGGCUACAACAAUUGAAAAGUAUAUCAUUUUUCCGGAAUUUAUCCAAAGCUUUGGGAGGUCCAUGACAACUAGGAGAGACAAUCCAGAUGGUUCCCUUUGGAGAUUAGCUGUUCAAGGCUUCAACUCCAUCCUUGUUGAUGAUGUCAGCAAAAUUGGCAGGGAUUCUGGACUAGAUUCAAAAACUAUUAAACCAGCAAGAUUGCGUAUUUGGAAAGAAGUUGCAGAUGUCUAUGAAAUAUUCCUCGUCAGCUAUUGUGGACGUGCUCUUCCUUCCAAUUCUCUUUCAGCUGUUACACUUAAGGAUGAUGAGUCUCUUGAGAUGGCUGUAUUAAACAUUCUGGGCAAAAAGAUUCUUAAGUCACCAAUUGAUGCACCUAUUGAUAUUCUUCAACGUCUGGUUUCUACCUUGGAUCGUUGUGCAUCACGAACAUGCUCUUUACCCAUUGAGACUGUGGAACUUAUGCCCUUGCACUGUAGCAGGUUUUCAUUGACUUGCUUGCAGGUGUUAUUUUCAAUGAGCAGCUUCAACGAGGGGGCAGAUGAUUGGAACUUGACAAGAUGUGAGGUCAGCAAAAUUGCAACUAUGGUAUUGAUGACAAGAUGUGAAUACAUCUUGAAUAGAUUUUUACUUGAUGAGAAUGAUUUAGGUGAGCGUCCAUUCCCAACAGCAAGGCUUGAAGAAGUGAUUUAUGUCCUUCAGGAAUUGGCUCGUCUAGAGAUUCAUCCAGACACAGCAUCCAUUCUUCCUCUACAUCCACAGCUGAAAAGUGGCCUAGCAGAAAGGAAGCAUGAGAAGCGACCACAUCUGCUUGUCCUAUUCCCCUCCUUCUGUGACCUUGUUAUAUCAAGGGAAGCCAGGGUACGGGAGCUGGUCCAAGUUUUGCUCAGAUUCAUUACAGAAGAAUUGGCAUUAGAGAAGCUUAGCAUAUCUAGUUGAGGACAUGAUACCAUUGUUUGUAAAGUCGACUCAAGUUGAUUUUUUCUGCGACCAUGAUACAAGUUUGUUUAUGUAGUGUUAUUUGGUUUUGUAGUUUUGUACAUCAUAGGAAAAUGCCAAUCUGUAUUCAUCAUAGUAACCUUCUGAACCUCAUGGCAAUAAUUUUUCUGAGUAAAGCCUAAAGCUAAAUUUUGAGUUCACUACAGAUUUCUUGUAUGGAAACAUUCUUGUGCUAUUUAUGUAAUAAAAUACCUUAUCUGCC